AUGGCAGAAUUAAAAGAACAAGAAUAUGUUCAUGAUGUGUAUAACGAGAUUGCAAGCCAUUUCUCUGAAACUCGUUAUAAACCAUGGCCAAUUGUUACAGAAUUUUUAAAUAAUCAAAUUACUGGUAGUAUUGGUAUCGAUGUGGGUUGUGGGAAUGGUAAAUAUUUAGGUAUUAAUCCAAAUAUAUUCAUCAUUGGUUCUGAUAGGUCAUCUGGUUUAAUCGAAUGUGCCAGUAGAUUAAAUGGAAGUUACAAUGUAAUGGUGGCUGAUGGUAUGCAUUUGCCUCAUAAGGAUAAUACGUUUGAUUUUGCGAUUUCAAUCGCGGUAGUUCAUCAUUGGUCAACUAGAGAAAGAAGAAUUAACGCUAUCAAACAUAUUUUGAGUAAAGUUAAAGCUGGAGGUCAAGCAUUGAUAUAUUGUUGGGCACUUGAACAAGGUGAAUCUAGAAGAGGUUAUCAUGAAGGUAUGAAACAGGAUAUAUUAGUUCCAUGGGUAUUGCAUGAAACCAAAAAGGAAAAACAAGAGAAGAAAGUUAAGCCAGAAAAGCCAGACCUAUCAAAUGUGCCAUCAAAUAUGAGAGCUGAAUUCAUAGCAAAAUGGAGAGAAGAACAAGAAACAAAAAGGUUAGAAGAAGCUGCUCGUAAAAAGAAAGAGCAAGAGGAAGAAGAAAAAAAGAAUACAAAGUUUAGAUACUAUCAUUUGUACAAAAAAGGUGAACUUGAAGAAGAUUGUAUCAGUGCAGGUGGUAUAAUAAUGAGGACUGGUUACGAAAAGGAUAACUGGUACGUUGUUGUACAGCUACCUGCCAUAUAA